AUGGAUGAAGAUGGCAGGUCUCUCAAGAGAUCGCUUGCCGCCCAGGAUCCGAUUGUUCGGGAGCUUAUCCAGGACGAGAUUGAGCAUGGCGUGCUUAUUCCGCUAAAGACGACUCUCGAAUUGCGGGAUGACUAUCAAACAGGCCGCGUCUUGAUUACCCGCACGCCGACCAAAUCGGCCAAUCCAGCCAUCCUUUUGCUACGCAGUCUGCUACCAGAUGAAAUCAUUAAGGGUGUCCCUCAUCUACGCAGAUGCGCCAAGCCGUCGGACUUGCCUGCCCACCUCAAGGCGCAAUUCAUGAACGAAUCCCCGCAAAGCCGGCAGAUACACACGGGCAAGUCGAACUGGAUCUACAUAAUCGUCGGCCCCGAGAAUAUGCUCAAUCGCGAUGAGGUCAUCCGAGCGCUGUCCACGGUGGAAGGCAUGGAGGAGGAGGUGUUCCUUCGGAGUAUCCCAGUCCCGAUGGUAUCUCCGACAUCACAGGUUCAGGCUGCCAUGUGGUCGCAGCAUUUCUGGCCAUCCCUGUACCGGAAGAACAACCCGCUGGGACCGCAUCCCUCCAUGAUCGCCCGCCAGACGGACGAGAUUGCAGACGAUGCCGCAAUUUGGAUGGCGCUGGCACACAAGGUAGCCCGGCAGUCCCACGAGGCAGGCUACGGCGAGCCUAUGGGCGCCUGCAUCAUCCAAAGGGGCGAGGGCAAAACAACGGUUGUUGCUCUGUCUGGCGAUUGUCGGUGGCGCCACCAAGGGAAGGUUGGAUUAUGCACUGGGAAUCCCAUGGCACAUGCAGCCAUGCGCGCAAUCAGCGUCGUGGCGCAAAAGCUCGUCCGAGCUGAAAACAGAAAGACGCAGACCCGGCAGGCCCCCAUUCUCGAGUUUGAAGCCUUCCAGGACAGCCCCAUUCUCGAAGACGAAAAGAAGGUCUUCGAGUUGGAGCACCCGAACCCCGACGGCUACCUCUGCCACGGGCUUGAGAUGUACCUCACUCACGAGCCAUGCGUCAUGUGCUCGAUGGCCAUUCUUCACUCGCGCAUGGGCAAAAUCGUCUUCCGUCAUCGUAUGCCGCUGACGGGCGGGCUCUGCGCCGAGGAUCGCGGCCAUGGUCAUCCCUCGCUCAAGGGCGCCGAUGGCGGCCGCGGGCUCGGCCUGUUCUGGCGCCGCGAGCUGAACUGGAGCAUGGUCGCCUGGGAGUGGGAGUCGAGCGGCUGCUUGAAACCACUCCGGGUGGACAAGGCGAUCCAUGCCUAG